UGACAGCGCAUUAGCUAACGGUUAACUUGGAAAAUUAAUGUUAGCAAGUUUGCUAGUUCAAUUGUUAUUAAGCCUUUAUUAGCAUUUAGCUAGCUAGCAAGUUUAACAGGACUAGAUAAUUCGUUGACGUAGCCCGGUGGGGUUGGUCAAGUUUUUUAUUUAUUUAUUAUUAUUUUAUUUAUUGAGUUCAAUUUAGCUGAUGUUAGCUAGCUAGACUAAUUAUCGUAAGCCUGAAUAUUGUAGCUAGCUAACGAAGUUAACGGUAGCGAGUUGGCUUGACUAGAUAGCUGGACCAACGUUAAAUUAGCGAACUUAGCUACGUUACGCUGUUGGGGUAACAACAAGCAAACGUUCGAAGACUUAUUUGAAGUGACGGCAGGAAUAUUUCGGCUAAGUCGGGUCCUGGGUUUGUACAGAAGCUGCAGCCAUGUCUGGCUCAUACGACUCCAUGAUCAACGUCUCCAGUGACAGCUUCUGGGAGGUGGGGAACUACAAGCGCGUGGUGAAGCGUGUGGACGACGGGAACCGGCUGUGCAACGACCUGAUGAGCUGUGUGCACGAGCGCGCGCGCAUCGAGAAGUCCUACGCCCAGCAGCUCAGCGAGUGGGCCAAGCGCUGGAGGCAGCUGGUGGAGAAAGGUCCUCAGUACGGCACCCUGGAGCAGGCCUGGACCGCCCUGAUGACGGAGGCGGAGAAGGUGAGCGAGGUGCACAUGGAGGUCAAGGGCGCCCUGAUGGGGGAGGACUUUGAGAAGGUGAAGGGCUGGCAGAAGGAGGCCUACCACAAGCAGAUGAUCGGCGGGUUCAAGGAGACCAAGGAGGCCGAGGACGGCUUCAAGAAGGCACAGAAGCCCUGGGCCAAGAAGCUCAAAGAGGUGGAGGGGAUGAAGAAGACGUACCACUCGGCCUGUAAGGAGGAGAAGAUGGCCGUCAGCAGGGAGAACAGCAGCAAGCUGGAGAACAACCCUGAGGCCCAGAAGAAGCUGCAGGACAAAGUGGAGAAGUGCCAGCAGGAGAUGCACAAGGCGAAGGAGCACUAUGAGAAGGCCCUAGAGGAGCUGGAUAAGAGCACUCCUCAGUACAUGGAGAACAUGGAGCAGGUGUUUGAGCAGUGGCAGCAGUUUGAGGAGAAGAGGAUCCGCUUCUUCAGCGAGCUCCUGAUGGAGGUGAAGCAGCACCUGGACCUGUCCACCAACCACAAAUUCCAGACUAUUUAUCACACGCUGGAGGACACCAUCAAGGCCGCUGACGCCGAGGAGGACCUGAGGUGGUUCCGGUCCAACCACGGUCCCGGGAUGCCCAUGAACUGGCCGCAGUUCGAGGCCAAGGCUCUCUCUGGUCCUCACUCCCGUAAGAGAAGGUCCAACAAAGGCUGGACUCUGGAUCUGAACCGGGCCCUGACUAAGAAAGAGAAGAAGAGGCCAGGAGAGGGAGUCACUCUGACGGGCAUCAGCCAGACCGAGGAGCCCUCCACCAGCAGCAGGAGCAGCCCGGCUGUGCCACGCAGCACAGAGCAGGCGGCCUCGAACCCGUUCGAGGAAGAGGAAGAGGAAGAUGAGGAAGAGCUGCCCGUGGAAGCGACUGAAGGCAGCCCUGUCAAUGUCGCAAAGGAAGAGAUCGAACCCAAAACGGCGGAGAAGUCGCGGGACUCGUCGGACGAGGAGCCGGUGAACCCCUUCACGGGGGGGAAGGGGAACCCCUUUGAGGAGGAGCCCUCGUCCCCGGUCCUGGCCGUGCUCGUGCGCGCCCUCUACGACUACGAGGGCCAGGAGCAGGACGAGCUCAGCUUCAAAGCAGGGGAGGAGCUCACGAAGACUGGGGAGGAGGACGACCAGGGCUGGUGCCGGGGCAGGCUGCUGAGCGGCCAGGUGGGGCUCUACCCUGCCAACUACGUGGAGGAAGUCCUGUAACACACACCCCCAGCACCCGCUGCACCGCCCCAACGGGUCUCCAGCCAAUCACCGCAGCUCCUACCCUACACACAGCCAAUGAACUGCAACUUUCCCCCCACAGCCCCGCCCCUUCACACAGCUCGUUCACACACAUGGGGAAUGCACGUCCAGUUUAACCCCCCCCCCAUAACUACAGUAUCAUUCACCUGUAGCUCAUCUGUAUUGAGACCCAAUCCCCCAAUUCCCCAAUUCCUUCAACGUGUCCCCUUUGAUAGCUACUGUCAUACACAGCGGUUGGUUUUGCCCUAAUCUCCACUGAUCGCUCGUUCAUGAGUCCGGACUGGAACCUGUGACACUUUUUAGCCAAUGAGAGGCCCCUCACAGAAGAGACAUUGUGUGUUUGGCGUUUUAAAAUUGCUUUGUACAUAUGAUUUGGGAUUUUCUUUUCUUUUUUUUUUUUAAACCAAUAUCUUUUGGAAUGUGUUGGUUCUCCAGGCUGAAAUGGCAGUCUGGACGACCGUGGUUAUGUUGCCCUGCUAACGGAGAGAGAUGGAAAAUUAAUUCUGCUCCAUACUUUCUGCAUCCUGCCACAGAAAAGACGUGGGUCAUAUUACUGAUGACUGACGGAUCAAAUCCACGGUGUCGGACUGUAAUUCUCAUGACAAACAGACAGACAGACAGACAGAGUGUUGGGCGGUAAUUCUGGUGACGGACACAUCGACAUUUGGGACCUGACCUAGGGAGUGGUGGGCUGUUCGCAAUCCCAAUGGCUACAUCUUUCACAGCUGAGAAAUUUUCAUUCUAGUACUACAGGUAGGCUACAGCAAGGCUACAGUGUGGCUACAGCCAGUCUGCAGCCAGUCUACAAGCAAGCUACAGCUAGGCUACAACCAGGCUAUAGGCAAGCUACAACCGUGCUACAGCUAGGCUACAGCUAGGCUACAACCAGGCUGCAGGCAAGCUACAACCAGACUAUAGGCAGACUACAGCCAGGCUACAACCAUGCUACAGCCAGGCUACAGCCAGGCUACAGCCAGGCUACAGGCACCUGGUGAACCAGAAAGGGCACUGAGGAGGCAUCUCGCCAUGAGGCGGACGGGGAGGAGGUGCUGGCCACCGACCCGGAGGCCCCAUUUCAGGUGGUUUACUCUGAAUAUGCAGUUUCACACCGUUCCGUUUCAUUUCCCCCGGAGACCCGCAGCAGGGGAAACUGCUCGGUCUCUGCACAGGGGCUGUAGAUGUGGUGGUCUGCUCCACGCCGACCCUCCCUGACCGGAGAGAGGGGCCCUGCCUCGGCCCCCCCCCACCCCCGCCUCCCCUCCACACCGGAGGCCCGCGGCUAGCAUUACACGUUUCAUUUCAACAGUUUGGCUUUGCGGCCUUUCAGUGUUUCGUUCAUGUUAAAAGUGCGUUUUUGAGAGUGUUCUGGUUUCAAGAGAUAUAUUUAUUCAAGUUAUCACUGGAGCCUGGGUCUCCCUCUGGCUUUUUGGAGCGUUGGAUCACCAACAUCACACACCAGGCAGUGAUUGAUUGUUUUCGUUUUUCUUGCAUGUAAAUAAUGUUGAUCAUCACAACCAAUAAAGCAAUAAUUGGGA